GUGUGUGUCGCAGCGAUGGCGGCGGCCCAGGCGGAGGCGGGCGGUGCGCGGUCGGUCAUGGCCGGGGCCGCGGGCGCUGCCAUGGGCGACGUGGGGCCCGUGGGCCCCGCCACGGCCGAGCUGGCGGCAGCGGGCCCCGUCGCGGACGGUGCGGAGUGCGGGGCGGGCGACGCCGUGGUGGCGGAGGAGCCGCCGGCGCCGCCGGCGCUGCCGGGGCUGCGGCUGGUGCAGCAGGGCGCUGAGGCGCACGUGUACCGCGGGCUCUUCCUCGGCCGGGCCGCCGUGGCCAAGCUCCGCGUCCCGAAGCGCUACCGACACCCCGCGCUGGAGGAGCGCCUCAGCCGGCGGCGCAUGGCCCAGGAGGCGCGGUCGCUGCUGCGGUGCCGGCGGGCAGGGAUUCCAGCGCCAGUGGUCUACUUUGUGGAUUACGUCACCAACUCCAUCUAUCUUGAAGAUAUUGUAGACUCAAUUACUGUUCAGGAUCAUAUUUAUUCUGUACAAAAGAGUGGAAAUGAGAGCAGCGACCUCCAUAAGUUAGCAGAGAAGAUGGGUGAGCUGUUAGCAAGGAUGCACGAUGAGGAUAUUAUCCACGGGGAUCUCACAACUGCCAAUCUCCUCCUGCGGCCACCCAUGGAGAAGCUGGACCUGGUGUUGAUAGACUUUGGACUCAGUUUUAUUUCAGGUCUUCCAGAGGAUAAAGGAGUUGAUUUGUAUGUUCUGGAAAAAGCCUUCAUUAGCACUCAUCCAGAUACUGAAGAGAUGUUCCAAGUUCUGCUAAAGACCUAUGCAGCCACGUCUAAAAAAUCUGGGCCUGUGAUCAAAAAGCUGGAUGAGGUUCGGCUAAGGGGAAGGAAGAGAUCCAUGAUUGGGUAGGAGAGAGUGGGGUUAGGGAUGGAGAAAUAGUAGGUUUUGCAAAGAGGGUUAUUUAUAUUUCUAGUUGGUUUUAUUUCACAGAUCACUAUUUUGAUAACUGUGUCUUCAAAUAAAUAAACUUGAAAGAGUUCUAAGUG